AUAGGAGGAGAGGGGCUGGCUCCUCUGACACGGGACAAAAGGCAGGGCAGGAGCCGGCUGCACAGAGCUGUUGCAGCCCAGGGAAGGUGACAAAGACAGCGGCCGCCUUUCCCGUCAGCAAUGGCAUCCACAGUCCACAUGCCAGCGCCUGUCUGCCUCAUUGAGAACAGCCCGACAAAGGGGCUGAUGGUCCAGAGGGAGGCCCUGCAGCUGCUGUCCAAGGUCAGCCAGCCUGUGGUGGUGGUGGCCAUCACAGGGCCGUACCGCACGGGCAAGUCCUACCUCAUGAACAGGCUGGCUGGUGAGAGAAGAGGCUUCUCCUUGGGCUCCAGCGUGCAGUCCCAGACCAAAGGUAUCUGGAUGUGGUGUGUACGUCACCCCCGCCGGCCUGGACACACUCUGGUGCUGCUGGACAGUGAAGGGCUGAGUGACGCAAAGAAGAGUGACACCAAGAACGACACGUGGAUCUUUGUGCUGACCGUGCUGCUCUCCAGCACCAUGAUCUACAACAGCAAAGGCACCAUUGACCAGAACGCCAUGGACCAGCUGCACUACGUGACAAAGCUGACUGAGCGCAUCAAGUUGAAAGCAGCACCCAAGAAGAGUGAAGAUGAGCUGGAGGAUUCCGACAAAUUUGUCGGCUUCUUCCCGACUUUUGUCUGGGCUGUCCGGGAUUUCACACUGCAGCUGCAGGUGGAUGGGGAGGAAAUCUCUGAGGAUGGAUACUUGGAGGACAUUCUGAAGCUCAAGGCUGGCAGCAGCCCCGAGACCCAGCUCUACAACCAUCCCCGGGAAUGCAUCCGCCAGUUCUUUCCGGAACGCAAGUGCUUUGUUUUUGACCAACCAGCUGGGAGGAGGAAACUGCCCCUCUUGGAGGAACUUCCGGAUGAUGAGCUGGAUCCUGAUUUCCAGCAGCAGGUAGAGAAGUUCUGCAGCUACAUCUGGGAGAAGUCUCCGCCUAAGACCGUCCCAGGUGGCCACAUCGUAACUGGGAACCUGCUGGGGAAACUGGCAGAGACCUACCUGGAGGUCAUCCGGAGCGGGGCAGUGCCAUGCCUGGAGAGCGCGGUGUUUGUCCUGGCCAAGGCUGAGAACGCGGCGGCGGUGGAGGAGGCUGUGAGGUUGUACCAGGAGCUGAUGGAGCAGCGGGCGAAGCUGCCAACGGAGACUCUUGAGCAGCUGCUGGAGCUGCAUGCCCAGUGUGAGCGGGAGGCCCUGGAGCUGUUCAUGGCACGGGCAUUCAAGGAGGACAUCGAGCACGCCCAGAUCGAGCUCGCGCGCCGGGUCGAGGCCAUCAAGGUGAAGUUCUCCAUGGACAACGAGCAGGCAUCCCAGGACAAGUGUGAGGCUGCUCUCACGGACCUCUCCCAAGCCCUGGACAAACGAGUCCGUGAUGGUGUCUACAGCGUGUCAGGGGGUUACGAGCAGUUCAGAGGAGACCAGCAGGCAGUGGUGGAGAAGUACAGGGAUCUGCCUGGCAAGGGAGUGAAGGCUGAUGCUGUCCUGCUGCAGUUCCUCCAAAGGACACAGACUCUGGCCCAACACAUCCGCAACACAGACCGCUCCCUGACAGAGAAGGACAAGGAGAUGAAAAGUGCACAAGAGCAGAAUGAGAGAGCUGAGCAGGAGAGGGAAGUCCAGAGGAAGAAGGAGGCUGAAGAGAAGCAGAAGUUGCAGGACCAGCUACGCAAAACCAACGAGCAUGAGCGUCAGCUGAGAAAGAAGCUGGAGGAUUCCUACAAGAAGCAGCUGGAGGAGCAGGAGAAGAUAAUCAGACAUAAAUUAGAGGAGGAGAUGGCAUUGAGACAAGAGGGCUUCUCUGACAGAGCUGACCACAUGAGCCAGGUGACCCGUAGGCUGGAGGAGGAAAAAGGCAGCAUCUGGAAUACUUUAUUGUCUGUGGUUGAAACAUUUGUACCCCUUGUGAAAGUCGUGAGAAUGGGCAUAUCUGCCCUUUCAAAACUCUUUUGAAGAUUUCCUUAUGGCCCCAGGGGUUAACACAGUAAGAGAGCUGUUUGGUGUCCCUAC